UCAUCCGCGCGUGAGUACAGGAGCGUUAAUUCGUCGCCGUUUGGGUAAAAGCUGUCUCCCGGCAUCAGCAGAUUCACCAGCGCCGGGUCCCUCUCGGCUCAGGCAAGGGAAUUGCUCUGUGACCGGCACCAGCAGAUUCGUCGUCUCGCCGGCGAUGGGGAAAACCUAUUUCUGCGAUUAUUGUGGCAGAUCGUUUCAAGAUAACCUCCAUAACCGAAAGAAACACUUGCAAGGAGUUCAGCAUCAGAGAGCGAAGAAGUUUUGGUUCGACUGUUUCCGAGAUAGUGCCACAAUACUGGCAGAAGAACUUGCCAAAAAGCCUUGCAGAAAGUUUCUACAAUCAGGUCAGUGUGAUUUUGGUGUAAAUUGCAAAUUCUCCCAUAUGACUGAUGACGAUGUUCAGAAGCUGAGGCAAAGCGUGGAAGAAGAAAACAAAGUAGGACACGAUAACAGAUCCACCCCUGACAUUAAUGAGUGGUUGUUGAAAAGAGCAAAAAGGAAAGAAAGCAAUUCAAACAUCAGUGGUUCAGAAAUGGCAAAAGAGGUUGAUGAUGAACCUGUUGUUUACUGGCUACCUCCAGGAUAUCAAGCAGUUCAUGAGCUACCACCAUCUCUCCAUCCUCCACCUCCUGGAGGUUGGAAAACUGCAGUAAAUGUUGAAUGGGGUUAACAUCAGAAAGUUUUUGUCAAUGGGAAAUUAAAAAAAUAUAUACUUGGAUUAGAUUUCAAUUAACUGUGGAAUGUUACUUUAGUUAGAUGAUGCAUUUUGAAAAUUAUAAAAUCUUCUUAAGUAGGUCCAUUUCCACAUGAAAGCUAUGUAUAGAGCACAGCAUCCGAUCUACCUGCUAUCUUUUGCAGCCAUUGCAGUGCAGUUUGACUAGUUGUUCUGAAUUUGCAGUAUUUGUCAACCACAUUAACAAAUAUAAAACAUUAAUAUCAAAAGUAAUGAUUUAAUUUAAUUCUGACAGGAAUUGUUUGAAACCAAGCAGACCCUUUUUCAUAAAUGCUAGUGCUUUUAUUAUUGAACAAGUCUGGCUAAUGUUUGAAUUAGUAAGCCAUGUCCUUUGCAAACAUUAUAGCUAAUAAAUGUGAUCAGAUGUGUAAACAUUACAGCUCUUGACAUUCUUCACAAUUCAUGCCUUUGUAUAGCAUCUCAAGCGUAAGCUUAAAUCCACAUAUAAGGUAUUCAGUGAUACUAAAUUGUCACAAAUUUUAGGAAAAUCUAAGUAUCUUAAGAGUGUCCAAUAUAAAUUUACUUCCGGAACUGCUUUCUUCCUCUUAGUAAACAUGAAACUUUUGUUAAUACAUUUGGAAUGAGAAAAAUGAAACCCGUUUUGAUAAAGUUUAUAUGUUGAAUGUUUUUGUUCUAAUAAACCUCUUAUUUUUGACUA